AUGAAGGGAUGGAUUGCAGCUCGUGUCGUCCAAAAUGAUUGUUAUAUGCACGAUGUAGUCUCGGGGGCUAAUGAUAUUUCUUCUGUCUUAGAGUUAAAGAAUCGGUUAAUAAACCUUCUUCAUCGGGGUGGCAUGGAUUUACACAAAUGGUCUUCUAAUGAACAGUCCUUGUUGGAAAACUUACCGUAUGAAGACCAAGAGUACCAUUUCGAUAUUAAAAACAACGUUAAGACUCUCGGUGUGAUAUGGAACCCAAAUGCAGAUUUGUUUGAAUUUUCAAUUUCAGAUAGCACUAAUCUGACGAACUGUACUAAAAGAACAGUUUUAUCGUGCAUUUCAAGACUGUUUGAUCCAUUAGGCCCCUUGGGGCCGGUGAUAGUGAAGGCCAACAUUUUUAUGCAAAAGCUCUGGCUACAAAAACUCGAUUGGGACCAGGUUCUGCCAGACUGCAAGGUUAAGGAGUGGGAGAAGUAUGCUUCCUCUCUUCUCUGUGAGAAAGACAUUAAAAUAAACCACUGUGUUGCGAAUGGAACUGUUGCCUCCUUUGAAAUCCUUUCCCUCUGCGAUGCUUCGCAAGAUGCAUACGGUGCAGCGAUUUAUUUACGAUGUAAGAAUGAAUUGAAUAAAGUGACUAUUAACUUACUGUGCAGCAAGUCACGCAUAGCGCCGAUAAAAAAGUUGACGAUUCCUCGUUUAGAAUUAUUGGCGGCUGAACUAAUGUCCAAAUUUCUACAGAAACUGCUAAAAGCUCUUCAAAUGGAUAUACAAAAUUUCUACUUGUGGUUGGAUUCAACCAUAACUUUGGCGUGGAUACGAACUGAUCCAUGUUUGUUGAAAACUUUCGUAUCGAAUAGAGUGUCCAAGAUUCAAGAAAUCACUAGAUUAUUUAAAUGGGGACAUGUGCCUUCCGAAAGCAACCCUGCUGACCUUAUAUCGCGUGGUGUUACUGCAGACAAAAUCUCAAACUCUGAACUUUGGUGGCAUGGCGCUCCUUUUUUAAAGACUGAGGACUACAAGCAAUUCGAACAUUCUCCUUCUUCCAGUGAUGAAUAUAUGGCUGAACUCAAGAAAAAUUCUGACCUUGAUUUUACUGUCUUUGAGAAAAACACUUUUAUAAUUGAUUUUUUGAACAAAAGCAAUAGUUAUAUGAAACUAAUCAGAAUCUUAAGUUUUAUUUUCAGGUUUGUAAGAAAUGCUAAAAACUCAGCAAAGAAAAGUACGGGACCGAUUUCGAGUUAA